AUGAACAAUAUUCCUUGAAAACAGAAGGCAUCUGUCAACAGUAUUUUGUCAUUAUUCGACAAGUUUUUGAUCGAAACGAGUUGCUGAGUGUGUUGGUAAUAUGAAGAGGCCGCGUAAUGCGGAAUGUGGUAAAUUGCGACGGCCACUAAAACGAAGCAAAAUAACGGAGGGUAUCUAUGGGAGCACGUUCUUGUACCUGAAAUUUCUGCUGGUCUGGGCUCUGGUUCUGAUGGCUGAUUUUAUCUUGGAAUUCCGGUUUGAGUACCUGUGGCCGUUCUGGCUGCUACUCAGAAGUGUCUACGACUCAUUCAAGUAUCAAGGAUUGGCUUUUUCUGUAUUCUUUGUCUGUAUAGCUGUUACAUCAGAUGUCAUCUGCUACCUGUUUAUACCUGUUCAGUGGCUGUUUUUCGCCGCUAGCACAUACGUCUGGGUGCAAUAUGUCUGGCACACUGAACGAGGAAUAUGUCUUCCUACAGUUUCUCUUUGGCUGCUGUUUGUUUACAUUGAAGCCUCAGUUCGGCUUCGAGAGCUCAAAAGUCUGCCAUUUAAUCUGGACCUGUGUCGGCCAUUUGCAGCACAUUGUAUUGGGUACCCCGUGGUAACUUUAGGGUUUGGUUUUAAAAGUUAUGUUUCCUACAGAAUGAGAUUGAGAAAACAGAAGGACGUUCAGAAAGAAAAUGAUUUCUACAUACAGCUAUUGCAGAAGGCCUUACCACAGGAAUUGCAGAACUCUUAUACAGAACAGAAAGCAGCUUUAACAUCAAAAACAGAUGAGGAGGUAAUCUCAAAUGGAACAACGGGCAAACGGACGAGUAAGAGCACAGACGAUGACAAGGAGGGUAAAAAGAGUUCAAAAGCCACAGAUGACGACGAUGACAUAGACUUCUAUAUUGAACAGACACCGCCCGUAGCUAAGAAGUCCAAUGUGAAUGAGCUAGUGGAAUGUUCCGAACAGAACUUGGCCAAUGAUCAGCAGCAGAAAGCCUUCAAGGCCAGUAGCAGCUCACUGUCUAGCAGCAAAACAUCAGGCAACAAGUUAAACAGCAGUAAAGACAACACUUCCAAAAAGGGCAAGAAUUACAGCAAAGAUCUGUCACCCGCCACAUUUAGUAACAACAAAGAUGAAGUCAUUUCUAGGUUGGAAACAGAUAUAAAGAGGCUCAAAGCAGAUUUACAAGCUAGUCGAAAUUGUGAGCAAGAACUGCGAUCUCAGAUUAACAGUUUGUCCAUUGGAGAUAAGUCCAUGAAGUCAGAAUUGUAUCAGUUGCAGCAAGAUAAUGAAAGUUUACAGAAUAAGCUUCACAAUCUGGUGACAAGUCGUCAGCAGGACAAACAGAACCUUGCCAUUUUAGAGAGGAAGUUACAGGAGGAGCGCAAGUCCAGGGCAGUGCUAGAGCAACAGUUGGCUAUAGAGAGGAAGGCUAAGAAAGCUGAGGAGGCGGCUGCUGCACGUGCAGUCGCCAUGGCAGCAGCGGCCAGGGGGGAAUGCACAGAGAGUUGUAAAAACCGUCGCAGAGAUAUAGAGAAUGAUAUGAAACAACUAAGGCGAGAUUUGAAAGUCCGUGAAGAUCAGUUUCGUCAGAAGGAGAGGGAAGUUCAGGCACUUCGUCAGUAUAAAGAAGCGCAGAGCGAGACAGAAGUGUUAAUGUCGGCGCUGGCGGCCAUGCAGGAUAAGAACGCACACCUGGAGAAUAACCUGAGCGCAGAGACCAGACUCAAACUUGACCUCUUCUCUGCACUGGGGGAGGCCAAGAGACAGAUAGAAAUACAACAAGGUUUACUGGGUAAGAAGGAGAUGGAGAUAGACGACCUCAAAUCUAAGAUAGCAGAGGUGAUGGCCUGUGCGCCCAGCAGUACCUACAAUGGUAUCACCACGUCUGACUCCCCUCCGCUCUAUUCUUCCAACUUCCGAGAAACCGAUGUCAUCUCCAAGUCAACUCUCAACCCCAAUGCCUCGGACUACACUCCUAAAACAACAGUCUGAGCUUUUUCGCUGCAGGAAGUUGAUGUCAUUUUAACCAUUUUUUUUUGUGCCGAUGAGGCUGUUGACAGUUUGCCUUCUUAGUGGACUAUUGAUGACGAAAUCUGUCUAAAAUUUAACUGGCCCCUCCCACGCAGUAAUAGGCACCUCCCUCACAGUCCAUGUAGAAUUACCCCCCUUGAAAAACAUCAGGGACUAUGAAGACGAAAUUUUACUAGAAGUAAAACUUAAAACACUCAUUGUUUUUCUUGAAAAGAGAUUGACAGUGUCUGAUGUGUUUGUUAUGAAGAGAUCCAGAAAUUCUCCUACCACACAGAGAUGUGGAAUGCAUGUUUUGUUUCCAGUGGUGCUAUGUGACUUCUUUGAAGUCAAGGUCAUCCUUACUGUGCACUGGGAGUUGCUUCCCUUUACAGCUGCUGAUUAGCAUUCUCAGUUCUUUUCAUGGAACUGCACACUGUGUAGGUGUCACUGUGCUGAGAAUUGUAUAUGUAGAAUUUAAUUCACUUCUUAGAAAGAAGGGCAGACAACUGUGUAAGUGAUUCAACAUGUGUCCCCACAUGUGUCCAUUGAUUAACAGUUGCAAUGUUUUGGCUUUUACUGCUUCAUUAGAUUAGACUGGGUAUUGUGCUUA